GCGGUGAAUCUGGAGCGAGCGCGCAGUUUGCGCUCUGGGAAGGCGCUUCUCCCUUGCCGCGUCUUCGGCUUGCUGCAGCUCGGGGGCCAGCGCUGUCCGAGGCCCCUUCCCGGCGAUGGUGCAGCCUGAGGGCGCCUCCGCCCCCCUCCGCCGCUGACCCCAGUCCCCCACUCCAUGGCCGCCUCGGCGCCGCCCCCACCGGACAAGCUGGAGGGAGGUGGCGGCCCCGCACCGCCCCCUGCGCCGCCCAGCACCGGGAGGAAGCAGGGCAAGGCCGGUCUGCAAAUGAAGAGCCCAGAAAAGAAGCGAAGAAAGUCAAAUACUCAGGGUCCUGCUUACUCACAUCUGACGGAGUUUGCACCACCCCCGACUCCCAUGGUGGAUCAUCUGGUUGCAUCCAACCCUUUUGAGGAUGACUUCGGAGCCCCUAAGGUGGGGGGCGCAGCCCCUCCAUUCCUCGGCAGUCCUGUGCCCUUUGGAAGCUUCCGUGUACAAGGGGGCAUGGCAGGCCAGGUACCCCCAGGCUAUGGCACUGGGGGUGGAGGGGGUCCCCAGACACUUCGCCGACAACCCCCCCCUUUUCCUCCUAAUCCUAUGGGACCUGCUUUCAACAUGCCCCCCCAGGGCCCUGGCUACCCACCCCCAGGCAACAUGAACUUUCCCAGUCAACCCUUCAGCCAGCCUCUGGGUCAAAACUUUAGCCCUCCAGGUGGGCAGAUGAUGCCAGUGGGGGGAUUUGGCACCAUGAUCUCACCCACCAUGGGACAGCCUCCCAGAGGGGAGCUGGGCCCUCCUUCUCUCCCCCAGCGUUUUGCUCAGCCAGGUGUGCCUUUUGGCCCUUCUCCUCUACAGAGACCUGGUCAGGGGCUCCCCAGCCUGCCCCCCAAUACAAGUCCCUUCCCUGGUCCAGACCCUGGCUUUCCUGGCCCUGGUGGUGAGGAUGGGGGGAAGCCCUUGAAUCCACCUGCUCCCACUGCUUUUCCCCAGGAGCCCCACUCGGGCUCGCCAGCUGCUGCUGUUAAUGGGAAUCAGCCCAGUUUCCCCCCAAACAGCAGUGGGCGGGGUGGCGGCACUCCGGAUGCCAACAGCCUAGCACCCCCUGGCAAGGCAGGUGGGGGUUCAGGGCCCCAGCCUCCCCCAGGCCUGGUGUACCCAUGUGGUGCCUGUCGGAGCGAGGUGAAUGACGACCAGGAUGCUAUCUUGUGUGAGGCCUCCUGCCAGAAGUGGUUCCAUCGCGAGUGCACAGGCAUGACUGAGAGCGCCUAUGGGCUGCUGACCACCGAGGCCUCUGCUGUCUGGGCCUGUGAUCUCUGCCUCAAGACCAAGGAGAUCCAGUCUGUCUACAUCCGCGAGGGCAUGGGGCAGCUGGUGGCCGCUAAUGAUGGGUGACACUGGCGAGGUGGUCCCAGGGAAGUGCACAUGUCCCUUCCUGCUCCUCCAGGGUGAUUGUCUGGCUCCUGGCCCUCGUGUCCGCUGGUUCCCCAUCCUCACGGAGCAGAAACCUGAUGGUUCCUGGGGGCAGAAGAGCCUGGGUUGCUCACUUUUCUGGAAACAACACAUCAAGAUCUACGGAGAUCCAGGAAACCAAAGCCCUGCUGAGCGGAGCCAGCUUUUCUUGUGGCUAUUAGGAAGCCUAGGGAUGUGACUGCAAGAGAAAAGGGGACAGGAAAUUCAGGAGGGCAAGAGUGUCCUGUCUGCCUAUGAUGGAUAACUAACACCUGUGCCUGACACCCCUGUUUCGCCCCACAGCUCUAGCCUUAGUUUUUGGAGUGGAGCAUUGAAGGUUUCUGGCUUGAGGAGCCGGUCUCUUCCCAUCCCUGCCACAGCCAUUUCAUGGGCUCUGGGAGACCUCUUUAGGGAAUAAAUGGGGAUUCCUCCUUUUUUCUACCUUCCCCUUUGCCUCUCUCAGACCUGUCCAGCUCCUCCUCCCUCAGCACCAACAGCUUGAAUCUCGUUCCCAGCUAGGGCAGUUUCUUGGUGAUUUGGGGCUUCAUGACAGUAGGUAAGAGGUGCUGUCAGGACAUAUCUUCCUCAUACCAAAGUCACUGGUCUCAGCUUCCCAUGCUUUUCUCUUAAUGACCAUAUUUUUGCCAAAAAUUAAAAAAAAAAAAAUUGGGACACGUGGUCUGAGGGACCAGAAUAAUUGAAGUCUGGGUUGUCCUGGAGUCUGGACUCUGUUGGCACCCCUGGCCCACCCUCUGUUGCACAUUGAGCCCAGUGCUGUUCUUCAGCUUUUUGUGCCCUCAUACCCCUGCCUCCCUGGUUUGGUUGGAGGAAAGCUUGGAAAGGUACCAAGACCUUAUACCUCAUUUCCUCCCGGAUAGGAGCAUCCUAGUGAGGCCCUGUCACAGCCUUGGGGGUAGGAGGAGUCAGCAGGAUUCUCAAUGCCACGGUACUAAAAGGAAGGAGAGCCUGGAAAUUUUUGCUUCUCUCUUUCCUGCUAUUAGGUAUCAUCUUGGGCCUGGUGAUCUAGCAGUCCUCACUAGUCUCAGCCAAAAGUCCUGCACUGGGCUUGUUUUUGUUUUCUUUUUAAAGCACUGCCUGCCAGCCCUGAUCUUGGGGCGUGGUCAGGAGCCCCUCUUGGCUGCUUUUGUUCCUUAACAGCUCCUGUGUGCAUUCCUCAAAAGGGCGGGGAAGGGAGUGUGGUCUGUGGUCUCUAGCCCUCGGGGUGUGGUGGCAAAGGCUACCUUCUGGUCCCUACUCCCACUUCUCUCUGCUCCCUGCACCUGGAGGGAAGAUACUGCCUGGUGGAGCCCACAGCCUUUGCAGCUAUGAGGAAGAGGGUGGGCCUCGGGCUUCUCUAAGCUGGUGUUCCCCACACCGAAACAGUGGAGGUGGCACCCCAGCUUUGUGUUGUGUUUGUGGUUCUGUUUGCUUCUCCCCUGUUGCUACUUUUGUAUGCCUCCCUCUCCACAGCUGUAAACCACUCCUGGGGAGUGUAGACGUCACUACUUUUUGGAAGAAAGUGGAGUGGCAGAGAUGUGGUCGUGGGGUUUUUUUGUACGGUUGGGUUAAUAAAAUGACUUUAAAAUCCA